AUGGCAGCAAAUCCCAAGCCUCCUCUUCUUUUCCUUCACGUUAUUGUCUUGCUCUCCAUACUUUCAUUGCCAAUCACAGCAUCACCAGAAACACAAGCAGAAGCUCUUGUCAAAUGGAAAAACACCCCUCCCCCUCCUCUCACUUCAUGGUCCCACACCAACCUCAACAACCUUUGCAACUGGACAAGCAUUGUCUGUGACCCAACCGGAACAGCAUCUGAGAUAAACCUCAAUGGAACACUGCCAAAGCUCAUUGGAACACUGGCCCACUUCAACUUCACUCCAUUCCUUAACCUCACCCGCUUCGACCUCAACCACAACAAUCUCAUUAGGCCAAUACCAUCGGAGAUAGGCCCGCUAACGGAGCUUCAAUACGUGAGUCUUCUCCACAACUCUCUCAAUGGAAAAAUCCCAUAUCAGAUUACCAAUCUUCAAAAGAUUUUUCUCUGGGCCUCCAUACAAACACAAACCAGAAGAGGUGAAGAAAAUAAAAUUUUACUUUGCGGCCUGCGCCUUCAUGCUGAACAAACAAAAACCAGCAGGGGGGCGGGCGCUCGUAGACCCGCCACUAGCCUUUCUGGCUCAAUUCCAUCGGAAAUAGGCCUAUUGACAAAGCUCCAAUAUCUUUAUCUCUCUGAAAACCAGCUCUCUGGUCCGAUUCCAGUAGAGCUUGGAAAGUUGACUCAACUGCAGGCUUUACAGCUGGCCUCCAAUGAAUUGUCCGGGGAAAUUCCACUGGAAAUAGGCCUAUUGACAAAUCUUUUAAUUCUUUUUCUGUUUAAUAAUAGUAUUUCUGGCUCAAUUCCUCCCGAGAUUGGGAACUUGAAAGAUUUGGAGUUAUUAGACCUUUCAGAGAACCAGCUCUCUGGUCCAAUUCCAAUAGAGCUUGGAAAGUUGACUCAACUGCAGGAUUUAGAGCUAGGCUCCAACGAAUUGUCCGGGGAAAUUCCAUUGGAAAUAGGCCUAUUGACAAAUCUCGCAAUUCUUUCUUUGUUUAAUAAUAGCCUUUCUGGCUCAAUUCCUCCCGAGAUUGGGAACUUGAAUGAUUUGGAGGUAUUAGGCCAUUUAGAAAACCAGCUCUCUGGUCCAAUUCCAGUGAGCUUGGAAAGAGAGAUUCCUCGGAAUCUAGUCAACUGUACAAGCUCAACUGUACCUGAGAAUUGUGAAAGCUUAUUGAACAAAGACUUGACAAACGACUACGUGCACAUGGUGGACCUCAGUAGCAAUAGACUCUCAGGAAAUAUUCCUCAAGACCUUGCAAGGCUUUCAUCAUUGAAGAGUCUUAAUCUAUCACAUAACCAACUUUCAAGGGAAUUUUCAUCAUCAUUUUCCUGCAUGGAAACUCAGUACUACUUAAUUGCAGCCAUUGUUGGUGGACUCAUAAUAUGUUACCGGACGACCAAAUUCCUGGAGCAAGAAAGCAAAGCAAUUUUAGAACGUGAGGAGAAGGCUGAGUCACUAAUAUGGGGAAAAGAUAGUAAAUUCAUAUUCAAGGAUAUUGUGAAGGCCACUAAAAACUUCCAUGAGAAUUAUUGUACUGGAAAAGGAGGAUUUGGAAGCGUUUACAUAGCAGCAUUGCCGACAGGUCAAAUUGUUGCAGUUAAAAGAUUUAACAUGUCACAAUCCAGUGGCAUCUUAGUUGCCAAUCACUAG